GGCCUCCUGCUCUCUCAUUUCACUUUCCUCUGGUUUGAGACGUGGUUUUUAUCCAGGCACGUUCACUGCAUUUUCUCGCUAGCAGCACCACCUCGUCCAAUUCCCAGCCUUAGAUGGAUACAUACCUUUGGCUGUAGAGGACUGUUGGGCUGUCCAGUGAAGCAAACCCGCCAUGCGUGAAUACAAGCUAGUGGUGUUAGGCUCUGGAGGUGUGGGCAAGUCCGCUCUGACAGUUCAGUUUGUACAGGGAAUCUUUGUGGAAAAAUAUGACCCUACAAUAGAAGACUCGUACAGAAAGCAAGUGGAGGUAGAUGGCCAGCAAUGUAUGCUUGAAAUUCUCGACACAGCAGGCACAGAGCAGUUCACAGCAAUGAGGGACUUGUACAUGAAGAACGGCCAAGGCUUCGCCCUGGUAUACUCCAUCACAGCACAGUCCACCUUCAACGACCUCCAGGACCUGAGAGAACAGAUUCUACGAGUAAAGGACACAGAGGAUGUGCCGAUGAUCCUGGUGGGGAACAAGUGCGACUUGGAGGAUGAGCGUGUGGUGGGGAAGGAACAGGGCCAGAACCUGGCCAGACAGUGGAACCACUGUGCCUUUUUAGAGUCCUCUGCUAAGUCAAAGAUCAACGUCCUCGAUAUCUUCUAUGACCUGGUCAGACAGAUAAAUAGGAAAACGCCAGUGGAAAAGAAGAAGGCGAAAAAGAAAUCCAACUGUGUCCUCCUUUAAAGAUCCCCCUCCAGCCCCUGCAGCAGCUCUGAGCCAGAAAUGCUGUAAUGAAGAACUGUUGCCCUGAUUGGAACGUGCCAGCAUUCCAACAGCCCCUCCCCCCCUCCCUCCAUCAGCCAUAAACGGUGAAUCAGCUGACUGAACUGCUCCUAUCAAAGACGAGGAUGAUCUACACCAGAGAGAGUGAGAGAGAAAGAGAGAUGGAGAGAGUGACGAGAGAGAAAGAAAAGACAGUAAGAGAAAGAAGACUCUGGUCUCUCGCCUCCGAGGACCUUCCUCUGUGUCUCAGUUUCAGUGUGAACCCUGAACGGACAGUCUCCAUUUUCUGCACCAACAAACACCACAAACUGAUGAUGAUGAUGAUGAUGAUGAUGAUGAU